AUGUGUGUCUGGAAGGAUGAGUGGGACGGAAUCCGGGGCGGUGACAUGCCUGACGUCUGGCCUCAUUGUCCGGAGCUCCGCCUUCCGGUAUUAAAUACCUUUACCUGUUUCCAGUCGGGGUGUUUUCCAGACUCUCUUUUCUUCAAAGGCUCGACAAUGGACAACGAGCAAAUCGCCGGCGCAAUCGUCUUUCCGGUUAGUUCCUUUUUUGUUUGAAUUUUCAGUUAUUAAAAACAAUAAUAUGAAUGAAGAAGAUUUUGGGUUGUUUCACUUUCGAUCUGAAUUCCUCAAAACGCACUAAAACGAUUAAAAAAGUUUCUUUUUGGAAAACUCAAAUUUUCCCUUACGGUUGAUGUAAUAUAGAGCGGAUGAAAAACAACCAAAAAAUUAAUUUUUCGGCAAAUGAGGUACAGGAAGUCUCCAGGUGGCUCUGGUAGGAGUUCUGGCGAAUUGGACGGUGGCGCUUCUUCUGCGACGCCUUCCGUCGCUGAACAACGCCUUCGGAAGGUUGACGGCGAGUCAGGCGACCGGAGACGCCGUCCAUUCGACUCUUUUCGGAUUCUUCUAUGCUCCGAUGCUCAUGUUGUUCGUUUUUCGUCUUGUCAUGUGCUAAAAAAGCGUGCGAAACGGGGAAUUUCCUCAGAAGGCUCUUUCAGUGCUUAUAAGAGUCAAAAAAACAGAUCUUUUUUGUUUCACUAUUGCAUCUUUUUCAAUUCAAAACGAUGCUGGAACCAACUAAAAAGAUACUAUGGGCUUCAAUAAGAAUCCUUGGAGGCUAUGAAAAAGGAGCUCAAAAGAUUUUCACGUCAUUUUAGGAGCUUUUAGACUUCUUGGCGCUUUUUGCACAGUCUUUUAAACUUAUUCUUAGUGUCCUCGAUGGAGCUCGCUUCAAACCUCACGAAAAGAGAAAAUUUCAGUGAUAUAACUUUCCUGCGGAGCCACUCGAAGCACAUCGGACAUGCCCUUCUUGUCUGCUACGACAUCAGCGUCUACUCUCAUCUUUUCAUUUCCCUGAACCGUUUCUGCGCCAUCUACUUCCCACUCAAUUACGAUCGUCUCUUCAAGUAUGAUGGGCUCCUGAAAAAAACAGAAGAAACUUGGGAUUUCAGUCACAAAAAUACGACGAAGAUCAUUAUUUUCACCUGGGCCGUCGCCAUCCUCUCUUCCUUCUACUUUUAUCAGUACGGUCAGUGAUUGGGAUGUAUUUUUUCAAAUUAAAAUAUUUUCAUUUCUAGACCACUUUUCCGCAUUGAUCUUUUAUUUUAAGAGCUCUAAAAGCUCCUGUUUUAUUCUGAAAAAUAGUUAAGAGGCUUUCCUGAAAUGCUGUUUUUAAAUAAUUUCGCUUUUUGGCGGCUCGAUUAUCCCAAUUUUGAGUUCUGAAACGAGCUUUUCAAGUCACUAUGAGUUCUCUUCGUAAUCUAUUAGCCCACUGGCUCAAAACUCCAAAAAACCGUACCACUCUGCUCGGUAACGCCAAUUGGACGCGCCCCGACCGUUUCUGAGCAUCUCUAGUGAUCACUUAAGCAGCGUGAAGACCCUUAAGUGAUCACCAGAAAUGCUCAUAAAAGUCCCAAGCGAUUUGAGAUCCUUCGGUAGAGCGAUUCGUCAAGGAUUCUCAACCUCCUAUACAUCUAUUUUUCAUGACUUCAAAUCGUCUGAUUUCUCUGUGCCCUCUUCAUAUCUCGUGCUCAUUCCUCGUCUCGCGGUUAGAGAAAAGAGAGAACAGAGAACCCAGACUUUCAGCAACGGGGCGAAUAAAGUUCACAUCUUUUUCAGAAGACUGCUCAUUUUACUACGAUCCGUCGCUGCUCCAAUUCGUGUUCGCGACGACGCCGGUCUGCAUGUUCAUCACCUGGUACACGGACUUUUGCAAGUACGUCUCCCUGAUCAUCAUCAUCGUCAUCAUCGACCUGGUCACCAUCUUCAAGGUUCAUCUCACCAACAAACAGGUUUUCGAAUCUUUAAAUUUAAAAAUAUUCCGGAAUUAUAUUCAGGUGAACUCAAACCAGCAGUUCAGCAGAUCUCGCCGUGCCAAAGAGAUCAACUUCUUGAAGCAGGUACGGAUUAAAAUUUCGAAUUUUUCUUUGUAGUAUUUGAAGGUUAUUUUUCUCAGCUUGUGAAGAUUUUUUUAUUUUUUUGAAAAAAAGAUCGAAAACGAAAAAAAUUCACAGUGAAAAUCUUCAGUGACCCUUUUUAUAUGAAAAAAAUGUUCAGAAUGGGAGUUUUUUUAAAAUUUGGACCACAGUAACCACCAGAAAAAAAUAUUGUUCGAAGUAUUGAAAGUUCGCUCUACCGAACUUUUCAUCUGAUUUUUCCUGAAUUUUUGAGGCGAAAAUAGACAAGUAGAGGCUGUUCGUUAGAGCUUACUAUAAAAUUUUGGCAAUUAAGAAAAAAAAAUCGAAUCCCAAAAUUUGCUAACCGCAAAAAUAUUCCCAACUUCAUGAUUUUUCUUCUUUUUCUUCAAAUUUUCAUUUUCUUUCAUAAGAAAAUAGAAUCCUUGAACCGCACAAAAAAAAUUUCAUGAAAAAUAGAGCUUAAUCAGAAUAAUAUUCCUCACGUGUGACUCAAAGAAAACGUUAACGUCCUAAGUGUUCCUCAAAAGAGCUUAUGUGUUUUUUAUUCGGUAUUGACGAUAAUCUCGGGAUUAUUCAUAUAAAGUUUAUCAGAUUAACUUUACUUUUUACCUAAACACUUAAUCACUUCACGUGAGCGAAUCUUUGAAGAUUAGGGUAGAGAUAAAAUGUUUGAGAAUAGAUAAAGGUAUAGUCUAUUCAGGGAAUGAUUACUUGUACUUCUUUUCAUUAUACAUACCAGAUUUAAUGUCUUCAAAGAAGAGUCUAGACAUUUGAGCUGUCAAAAAAUAGCUAAUGAUCAAGGCUGGGUAGAAAAACUGUAUAAGGAUGUUAAAAAAUCACUCUCGGGCUCUUGUACGGUACGAAAAAGUUUUUUUCUUUUCUUAAGUCCUUGAAAAAAGAGAGCUGGAGCAUCUACUAACUAGAGACACUGGAAAAAAAAACUCUAGUGGCAACUUAAGGGGUUCCUCAAAAACGGCUUGGAGAGGUCACUAAAAUGGCCACAAAAACCACCUCCAUUGAAGCCAAUACUUUACGUCUUAGUGGUCACUCUAGUAAUUUUUAGUGAAAGGGCACCACUGAGACUCCUAAACUGGCCAAAAAAUUUUUAGUCACUUAAGUGGCCACUGAUUCGAUUACUAUAGUGGUCACUAAAACGUCAAAAUCCUAGAGAGGGCACUUAAAAUUUUCCGAGUAAAACGGCGAAAAUUAUUAUGAGAGAGAAAAAUGACGAGAAGAGAGAUGAAGCUCAAACUUUCCAUUUCGUGACAAAAGAGAUUAUUUUGAAAAUUUUCAAGGCCUGUCUCCAAGCGUUCGUGUUCGUCUGCGAGCUCAUAACCUACUUCAUCACCCCGGCCUACGUCCAAGGCGUCUGGAAGAACUUCUUCCUCACCACCGUAGCCUGGGUUACUGUACACUCUCUCGAUGGGUACAAAAAUCCUAUUGAAGCUCCUCAAAAUAUCGUAACGAUUUCAGUCUGAUCACUCUGAGCUUCAACAAGGAGUUCAAGAAAGCCAUUUUUGGGCGUAUUGGCAAAAAAGGUCCGUUUUUUAGGUUUUUCAAAUCUAAAAUUUAAAAUUCACAUUUCAGGCAUCAGCGUCAGCACGACAGCACAGUAUCAGGACUCGAAUAGAAGCAUGACUUCUCAGUAA